AUGGAGAUCGACCCGCCCACAUUUCUCCAGCCGACAGACACAUCGACACCCCCAGAACUCGAGACUAACAGCAGCAGCAGUCUGGACACCCUUCCUCGAAAAAGACCAUUGCAUCAAGACGACCCCUUCUUCCAGGAGGGAACCUAUGAAUACAAGGCUGCCUGGCUCAGACUCGAGGACGCCGACGCGUACAUCCCAGACCUCAACGAACCCGAAAAUAACACCCACAGGACUGCAGCUCAAGCAUGUCAUCAUGGAUCAUGUCAUGGAGAAAAGACUUUCUCGAGCGCAGCCAUGUACGAGCACCACUUUGAAACCAACCACCGACACAUCUGCCAGACUUGCAAGAAAGCCUUCCCAGGCGAAAAGUGGCUCAUCCUCCAUAUCCGUGAGAUCCACGAUGUCCUCGUCCGCAUCCAACGAGAACGUGGCGAGCGCACUUACCAAUGCUACGUGGAUGGAUGCGAUAAACUGUGUAUGACGCCGCAGAAGAGACGGAUGCAUUUGAUCGACAAACAUCAUUACCCGAAGCACUUCAACUUUUCGAUCGUGGUCACGGGCGUCAUGCCAUCUGCAGAGAGAACAGCGUCCAUCCAGAAGCAGAAUUCUCGGGAAUCAAGGAAACAAACAUACUCAAAGCCAAACCAACAUCAGCACAAGCAGCAGCACAUCAAAGACCACGAGAUGGCUGAUGAACACGAGAUGGAGGUUGAACAUCAUAUUGCCUCUGCACCUGGCCUUAAAGCUGCUACAAUCAACCGAAGGAAAUCAGCAACGCCAGAUCCAGGAUCCCCGGUAGCUGCGGCAACUGCAUCACGCACGGUCAAGAAGAACGCCUUCCAACAGUACAGGAGUCAGGACACAAAACCAAAAGCAAGCCCACGGAGGAGCUCGAUCAUUCACGACCACACUGACAUGGACAUGGACGCUCCAUCGACCCCCUCUGCCUCAGGACCUGCUUCAAUUGUGUCGACAGGAACCUCGAGCCAUUUAGACUUUGAUAUGGACCAACUUCAAAUCAGCAUGUCGCGAUUGAUGGUCCCCCGCUCUGUUGCAAAGAAGAUGGCUUCCAAACCACGCGUACCCAGCACCAACAGCACCCCUACUGUCGCCACCAGUAUCAACAACAACAACGGGAUUCUCGGCUAA